AUGUUGGACAGUGAUCUGGGUGAAGAUGAAGGCCUCCUCUCCCUGGUGGGCAAGAGGAAGCGCAGGGGGAACCUACCCAAGGAGUCCCUGAAAAUCCUCUGGGACUGGCUGUAUUUGCACCGCUACAACGCCUACCCCUCAGAGCAGGAGAAGCUGAGCCUUUCUGGACAGACCAACCUCUCAGUGCUGCAGAUAUGUAACUGGUUCAUCAACGCCCGGCGGCGGCUUCUCCCAGACAUGCUUUGGAAGGAUGGCAAAGACCCUAAUCAGUUCACCAUUUCCCGCCGUGGCGGCCAGGGGGGAAAGCCAGCAGCCUCCUUCCCACCAGGGGAGCUGGAGUCCCCCAAGUCCCUAGUGACCCCUGGUAGUACACUUGCCCUGCUGACCAGGGCUGAGGCUGGGAGCCCCACAGGUGGACUUUUCAACACACCACCACCCACACCCCCAGAGCAGGACAAGGAGGACUUCAGCAGCUUCCAGCUGCUGGUGGAGGUGGCGCUGCAGAGGGCUGCCGAGAUGGAGCUUCAGAAGCAGCAGGACCCAGCACCCCCAUUGCUGCAUACUCCAAUUCCUUUAGUUUCUGAGAACCCCAAGUAG